AGAAGAAUGAGGUCAGCGGUAACUGAGAGCACAGAGUAGGAAGCGAAUGUUGUGUAAGUUUUGUACCAGGGGCACGUCAUGUAACUUAUUGAUUUUAGUUAUCAAGAUAAAGAUAUUUUGGGAUUUUCGUUCGUGCAUAAUUUCGGGUAAUACUCUCGUAUAUUCAUGAUAAUUCAUUAAAGCUUUAAGGUAUUUCUAUGAGCGUGUAAGUUUAAUAAAUAACUACAUGUCACCUCAACGCUGACAUUCAUAAUUAUCGUACUAUUGACAUGUAGCCCUAACAUUAGACAGUGCAUGAAGCCAUUUAUACUUUUCUACACAGUUGAUUUGAUAGACAUUUCAGGAGGUGGAUAAUAACAUUUGAUAUGGGCUCUGUCAAAGUCAUGGCGUGCUGCCGGCAGCUAUUUUUGCCCCAUGCAAGAGCACUUGCUUUAACUACAAAGAUGGCUAGUUCUGUGAACAUCAUAUGCUGCAUCGGAAGAAAUCUCAGCUCCUCUUCGAGAUUGCGGUCCAGCAUGCCAGCUUGGGUGAUUGACGAGUAUGGCAACAAUGGGGUACUGAGGUUCACUGAAGAUGCCACAGCUCCCAGUGUCAACUCAGCAAGUGAGGUCUUAAUUCAGGUCCAAGCCGCAAGCCUCAACCCUCUCGACAUAUCCAUGAGGAGUGGGUAUGGGUCAAAUCUUCUGAAGCUGAGACGGGACCCGGUGUCUUUGGGUCAGAAUGGCGGCGAGUUUCCCAUCAUACUGGGUCGGGAUGUCUCUGGCGUGGUGGUGGAUUGUGGGUCGGGAGUGACCCAUUUCAAACCAGGAGAUGAGGUGUGGGCGGCCAUCCCUCCAUGGAAGCAGGGCAGCCUGGCAGAGAUGGUGAAUCUGACAGAGUAUGAGGUCUCCCACAAGCCAAGGUCGCUGAGUCACAAGGAGGCGGCGUCCAUCCCGUACGUGGCUGCCACGGCCCUGUCUGCCCUGGUCAACGCGGGCGGCCUGUGCAGAAACAACUGCACUAACAAACGAGUUCUUAUCACCGGAGCCUCAGGUGGUGUUGGAACGUUCUCCAUCCAGCUGCUGAAGGCCUGGGGCGCCCACGUGACAGUGACCUGCUCCCACAAUGCCGAGGGACUGGUGAGGGGUCUGGGGGCGGAUGAAGUGGUGGACUACACGGCGGGAGACAUGGCCACGGAGCUGGGACUGCUGGAAAAGUUCGACGUGAUCCUGGACAAUGUGGGUGGGGAAACGGAGCAGUGGGCCCUGGGCCUGCUAAAGCCCUGGUCAGGGGCCAAAUACGUGACCCUGGUCACCCCCUUCCUGCUUAACAUCGACUCCAUGGGCUUGCUGGAGGGAGCCGUCUACUCAGGACUCAACCUGCACCAGAAGGCCAUCACGAACAUGUGUAACGGAGUGUUCUACCGCUGGGGGUUCUAUGCUCCAGACGGCCCGGCGCUGGACGAGGUCAGCCAGCUGGUGGAUGCCGGAAAGAUCCUUCCAGUGGUGGAGGCCACGUUCCUGUUCUCCCAGGUGCCCCUGGCCUUCCAGAAAGUAGAGGGAGGUCACGCCAGGGGGAAGACUGUGGUCACCGUGGCCCAAGAGGAGGAGGGGACCGGAGUGACUGAAGAGGAGGGGGAGACUAGUGACACCUCAGAGCAAGUCAGGGAGGAAGUCAGGCAAGCAGCGCCAAAGAGCUAAACCGCUGUGAUGUCAACACUAAGCAUUGGGUCAUUAAGGCACGCAACAGUUUUUUUUUUUUAACGCUUUGCAACGGACAACUUAAAUCAUUUUAGUUUUUUGGUCCAGUUAGGCCCACCCCGUUUCAGUUUUCUUACAUUUGCCUAAUGGACAUGACCCUGGAUAUGGUUUCUCCAUGUCCGUCCUGUAGAACGCUGAGCUCUACUGCAAGACACUGUUUGGUAUGCAUUGUUUGCGCUUUUGCAGAUAAACUGCUUGUUCGAGUAAGGCAACAUUUAUUUAUCUUAUGGUUUGUCUUGUGUGUUGAGAAUUCAUUACGGAAAAGUAAAAUAUAUAUUUACA